AAUGGUACCUGUCACACCGCUCGAGUUUCGCUGGGGGGUCAUAUCCACCGGCGCCAUCGCCACCGCUUUCGUGAAGGAUCUCUUGAUAGAUCCCAAAAGACGUGAUGUCCACGACGUGAUUCACAAAGUAGCUGCCGUCGGCUCUCGCUCAGUGGAGAAGGCGCAAGAGUUCAUUGAUAAACUAACUGGAGGGGAUAAGUCAAUCAAGGCAUUCGGGACCUAUGAUGAGGUCUACGGGGACAAGGACGUCGACGCUGUUUACAUUGGUACACCUCACGCGUACCACUACGAGAACGCCUUGGCUGCCAUAAAGGCAGGCAAGAACGUUCUUUGCGAGAAACCCGUAACUUGCAACACCGCAGAGCUGAAAUCCCUGCUUGCCGCGGCGAAGGAGUACGACGUCUUCUUUAUGGAAGCUGUAUGGACCAGGUUCCAGCCGCUCAGUCUUGAGGUGAAGAGGAUCGCGGAGGAAGGAACCCUCGGUCUUCCCGUCCUUCUGCAGGCUGACCUCUCUGGAGAUUUAAAUAUCUACGACAUUCCUGCGACCCAUAGAAUUCUGGAUCCAGCCCUUGGUGGUGGAGCAUUGUUGGACCUUGGUCCCUACCCACUCUUCUGGGCUAUUCUGGCACUCUACGAGAACCCAGCCAAUAACAAGACCCAACCCGCGAACAUCAAAGGCUCGAUGAUCAAAACGCCUAUCACCGACGUCGACAGCAACGUCGUCUUCAAUGUCUCCUUCUCUGUAGCGAAGCUGUCCGCCCAAGCCUCUCUCAGCUGCAGCAUAACCCUUGACCCCAUCGAGCCUGGUGUCGCCAUUCGCUUCGAGAGAGGGAAUAUCCUGAUUCACACUCCAAUCUACUGCCCAAAGUCUUUCACGGUGCAGUACAAAGGAAAGAACGGGAGGAUUGACAGAGAGGAGAAGAGACUGUUCCAAUAUGUUGGAGGUGGCUGGCAUUUCCAGGCAGACGAAGUUGCGCGAUGCGUCAGAGAUGGAAAGAAGGAGAGCGAGCACUGGGGCCAUGAUAAGAGCCUGUUGGAGAUGACGAUAUUCGACGAGGUUCUUCUUACUUCGUCAUUUGCACUCGCCGAAGUUCUAACCUUCGUUUUCUUUGUUCGUAGGUUCGCAAACAAGGUGGAUAUACCUUGCCUCCUGGAGUUGAGAAAGUG